ACUUUGGCCUUUAGGUCACUCCGGCCUUUGGGGUCUUUGGGUCAAGUUGGAGUCGUCUGCGAAUAUGCCCUUAACCCAAUUUUACGUGUAGCGUGCAUACCCCUUAAGACUCGAUCUGGGUCGACGUGUCUCGCCCUGUCUAUGUGACGCUACUUGGCGGUUAUUGAUUAAUUCGUCGAAAGAGCCCAUUGUUAGUAAAUUGAAUUGACGUUAUACGAGCCGGAAGACUAGAUAUGUUAAGGCGUGUCUCGCGCUUGUUGGGAGACACAUUCAGUACGUAUAGUUUCCAACCCCAAGUCGAAUCCGAAGCGUCUAGAGCGGUUUAUAUAUCCGAUAAACCCCAUCCGACCUUGACUCAUUAGCAUAUAACCUCGCUCUAACUCACGAGAAGCAAAACCAAUGGUUCCGAAGAUGGCAAAGAAGAAGAAGAGGGGACAAUUGCGCCAACCUCCCGACCCGAACCUGCUUAACAACCAAGGCCGUCCGUCUACUCCAGCCAACACAGUCGAGCCUGUGAAGCCAGUUGAGCCUGUGAAGCCGGUCGAGCCGGUUAAGCCAAUAGAACCUCCCAGCUCAGUGAAGUCGCCCAGUCCGGUACCUAGCGUGGUCAAGCCGCCUAGUCCGGCGGUCAGCUCAGUCAGCCCGUUCAAUCACUUCAAAGACGAAGAACAACAGCCGAGCCCGCCAGUCGAUAUACCGGAAGAUUGGUCAAAGGAGGUUCAAGACGAUAGCAAUGUCGACAACGUCGCAGAAGAAACUGUCAAAGCCUGGCCUUAUGGCGCUGAUGACAAAGAAAGUCAAGUCCAUUUUUUCGACUCGAGCUUUACGCGGUUAUCUUUCGAGGACAGCGAGCGUAACACUUCCGAGGUACUAGCUGCCGAUUUCAACGCUGGCUCGACACAAUCAGCUGAUGAGGGCUAUGGAAAUGUCAGUCCCACAGAGCCCGUAGAGCCUCCAGAGCCCCAAGAGUCCCAAGAGCCUCAAGAACCUCAAGAGCGAGCCCCAGACUUCUCACAGUAUGAUCAAUUGCCUCGAAUCCCACCCCCUACCGAACCCCUAACACCAGGAGAUCGAUUUGAUGUCGAGAAAGUUGUUGGCGCUAUUCAAAGCGGUUAUUCGGCGGCCGAAUUGCGAGAUUACCUGAGCUACUACCAUAAAGCGGAGACGACUCUCUUGAAAGAGAAUCUUAAUGCGGAGAUUAAGGGAUUCCCAGCAACAUUCUACGUCGCCGAGACCAACGAUGCAGAGCUCAUCCGUUACUGGAUCAAAUUUGGUGGUGAUCCGAAUGCCACUCAUGGACCUCUCGGAUUUCCCUUACUAGCUUUUGCUGUUAUACGCGGCACUCGCUCACGAUCGCAAGCGACGAAAAUCACCGAGACAUUGCUCAGACUCGGCGCAUCGCCCCACGCUAUCCCGACAGCGUAUUACAAGCAAUUCGACCGUGAUCUUCCGGACUCCGGGCCUGAGGAAAGUGACUUGUAUGUCAUUGCAGAUGGUGACAAGCUCUGGCACACGCCCGAGGUUCGACCUCGGCUCGUUGCCGCGCUGAGCCUAACUCAGCGUUAUCGACUAUGGCAAGCAUCUGAAACGGGAACAGCAUCCGGCCGUGAACGAACUCUGGCCAUCCGAAAGGAUGCCUUAGAAAUACUUGGGCUGCAAUACACCAUCAUUGGACAGAGACUAGCGACCUGGACUUUGAGAAAGAGUUUCCUUGUACAUCUCGCUAUGCCGCGCAAGAAGCCGCUAGUUCUCCUUUUUGCAGGACCUAAGGGACAUGGCAAGCAUACUCUUGCGAAUCGAUUAGGGGACCUUCUAUCAGUAGAACUUUCAGAAGUCGAUGGCACUAGUCUCAAGUCCGAUGAGGACAGCGAUUUGGGCUCACCUUUACAUAACUUCCUCGCGAGAAAAACUAAGCAACGAAGUAUUGUAUACCUGGACGAGUUCGGAAAGACAACCGGAGAGAUCCACAAAGCUCUUCUCUCCCCAUUUGACCAAGGAGAGUAUACGGACCGUCGGAGUGGCCAGAAGGUCGACUGUUCCCAAACGAUCUGGGUUCUGGCGACGAGCAAGUUUGACAACACUAUCUCGGAUUUCUGUCAGGCGAAUGGCAAGCUCCUACACGAUUCCGAUCUGCGGUCAGAACAAUACACACUCAGGAGGCAGCUUCACCGUCGUCUCCGCGACGAGUGCAUAAGCAGUUUCGGGGCUCCCUUAGCCAGCCGAAUUACCGAAAUCAUCCCGUUCCUGAACUUCGAUCUGGAAGAACAAGCUCUCAUCGCGGACAAGUACAUCAUGGAGCUUGAGAACGAGAUUGCGGGUCCGGUCGCUCAGUCAACUAAUCCGGACGAAGACAAGCUCGUUGGCAAUGUUCGACUGCAAAUUAAGAACAACGCCAAUGUCUGUUCUAUAAUUGCGCGGGAAAGCUAUCUACCCGAGCUCGGAGCUAAGAGCAUAUCUCACGGUGUUGAUGCGACCAUCGCGAACCAAGUAAUAAGUCGAUACUUGGAGGAGGGCGAUGACUUCAGCGAAGAUCAAGCGGAAACCAAAUUCAAGGUCGCCAUGAACGAGGAUAAUGAGGUGGAGGUAUCGGCCAUCAGUGAGGGUACCAAUGGUCACCUGCUAGGACCGAGAUAUCCUUGGUAAGGGGAGUGGUUUACUGUACCGGUAUGAGUGGGUAAUGGUUAGUGAUGGGCGGAUUCUAUUCGAUCUUGUAAUAUUUUCUUUUUAUCUUCAUUUAACCUCCACUUGGGAGACUUGACGCUUUUUAGGAUACGAUGUAUGAUGUACCUUUCAUGUCACACAAAAGGAGGAUGAUGACGAGGGAAGAAGAUAAGAUUUACCUAAUGCAGGCACAAGGUUUAUGGUCCGUGCACACCUGGACAGUUUCCUUCACAUGCCAGAUGGGAGCU